AUGGACUUGAUGGAACUAUUCGGGCUCCUAUUGAUCGCAUAUCCCGAAACAACUGCUCGACAGGCUUUAGAGCAGCUUCAUACAGCCUUGGACACAGGAGCUGCCGCCAAUGUAGCCUGCAAAUGGCUUGUUGGUCAAGGCGUUGAUACCAAUUUGGCAAAAUUACUCUGUAGCAAGCCCUCAUUCUCAGCUAACAAUAGAGGACUUGAACCCGUGGCAGACUUCGCGCAACGCAUUAAGUACUUCACUGAUCUGAUGGGAAAUACGGCGGCUUAUACUACAGAAAUACGAUCCGAUGAGACUGGUAGGUUAACGUCGAAUUCAAAGAAGUUUUGCUGUUUCAUUAAAACGUAG